AUAAAUCUUAUUAGAGCUCAUUUAUCACUAUGGCUAAGUUUUCAUUUCUUCCCUGUGCCUUCCUCUUCCUCCUCUUCUCUAUGGCCUUUUUCAUUGACAUCUCAUGUGCUGGUAAGGAGGGAUCGCUGCGUCCUGAAGAAUGUCCAAAAGCAUGUGACUACAGGUGCUCCGCGACUCAACACAGGGGAAAUUGUAUAGAUGAUUGCAACAAGUGCUGUGCAAAAUGUUUGUGUGUUCCUUCAGGCACAUAUGGUCACAAGGAAGAGUGCCCUUGCUAUAACAAUUGGAAGACCAAGGAGGGUGGCCCUAAGUGCCCUUAAAAAUUAAUUUAAUAAUGUUUUUACUGUUUUAAUUAACUUCCUUGUCUUUUGGCUAUUUAGGUGGCCAAAAUCUUGAAGUUAAUACUCCCAACUUUUCCUAAUAAAUCAAUUAUUAUUUCAAUUGAAUGAGAA